AUGGCUAGCUUUGGUGGCGUUAGCCCCAGCAGCGAGGCCAACAUGUGGUCCAAGCUCGAAGAGGACAACGACAGCCUCCAGCCAGGAGCGAUGGAGGCGAUGAUGAAGGCGUUUCAAGCCUGCGACUACGUUUCUUCCGACCCCGCGAAAGCGGUGCAAAUGGCCGAGACUGCGCUGGAGAUCACGCAUGGCUGCCCCGAGGCCUUCAACGUGCUGGCCCAGUGCAAGGCCACCUCGCUCGACGAAGCCUUCGACUUAUACACAUGCUGA